UCCUCCCAGACCUCAUGGACGUGACGUCGGUGAAUCCCGACUUCCCGGUGUCGGAUCCCACCAUCUUCCAGAAGCGGUACCUGAAGAAAAUCCGGGAGCUGGGGGAGGGGCACUUUGGGAAGGUGGGGCUCUACUGCUACGACCCCACCAACGACGGCACCGGGGAGAUGGUGGCCGUGAAAUCCCUGAAAUCCGGGAGCAGCCCCGAGCUCCUGAGCAGCUGGAAGAGGGAAAUCCAGAUCCUCAAGACCCUCUACCACGAGAACAUCGUCAAGUACAAGGGCUGCUGCAGCGAGCAGGGGGACAAGGUGGUGCAGCUGAUCAUGGAAUACGUCCCCCUCGGGAGCCUCCGGGAAUUCCUUCCCAAGCACCCCCUGAGCCUCUCCCACAUCCUGCUCUUCGCCCGCCAGAUCUGCGAGGGCAUGUCCUACCUGCAUUCCCUGCACUACAUCCACCGGGAUUUGGCGGCCAGGAACGUUCUGCUGGAGAACGAGCACGUGGUGAAGAUCGGGGACUUCGGGCUGGCCAAGGCCGUCCCCGAGGGCCACGAGUACUACCGGGUGCGGGAGGACGGGGACAGCCCCGUGUUCUGGUACGCCCCGGAGUGUCUCAAGGAGUCCAAGUUCUACUACUCGUCCGACGUUUGGUCCUUUGGGGUGACCCUCUACGAGCUCCUGACCCGCUGCGACCCCGGGAACAGCCCCCCCGUGAAAUUCCUGGAGCUGAUCGGAGCCACCCAAGGGCAGAUGACGGUGCUGAGGCUGAUUGAGCUCCUGGAGAGAGGGAAGAGGCUCCCGAUCCCAAAGGAUUGUCCGUGUGAGAUUUACCGGCUGAUGAAGAACUGCUGGGAAGCAGAAGCUUCUUUCCGCCCCUCCUUCCACAACCUCAUCCCAAUCCUCAGGAACUUCCAGGAAAAAUACCGGGCUCAGGCCCCCUCUGUCUUCAACCUCUGCUGAGACCCCCCAGAAUUCCAUGGACUGGGGAGAAAACAACCCCCAAAACUCCAUGGAUUGGGGAAGACCCCACCCAAAAAAAUGGGGGGUGGAAGGACACCCCUGAAAAUUCCAUGGAAGGGGAAGGACAUAAAAAAAAAUUCAUGGAUGAGGGGAAAGACACUCAACAAAUUCCAUGGACUGGGGAAGAACACCCCAAAAAAUGCCCUGGAUGGGGGAAAACACCCCCAAAAAAAUUCCAUGGAUUGAGAGAACACCCCAAAAAAUUCCAGGGAGAGGUGGAGACACCCUAAAAAUUCCAUGGAUUGAGGAAAGAACCCAAAAAAUUCCAUGGAGAGGGGGGAAACACCCCUGAGGGGGACACAUGGACUCCGGAUUCCCGUUUUCCUGGCAGGAUGAGGAAAUUCCGGGAUGUGGAAACGGAGCAGCACCGAGGAGGGGGGAUCCUCCCCCUCGAAAAAUUCCAGAUGUUUUCCCCCCAAAUUCCAAACACUGUGAAUGAGACUGUGGGGACGAGGAUUUUUGGGAGAAGGACGUGGAUUUAUGGGCGUGAUUUAUGGAUUUAUGGAAUUCUGGCCUUAUUCCCAACCCCAAUUUUAGGGGAGGGUCAUUUUUCGGGAUGGGGGAGGCUGGAUCUCCUUCUUUCCCACCAGGAAUUUGGGGCCCCCUCCCAAAAAAUGGGGGUUCAGCAAAAAAAAAAAAA